AAAUCAUAUAAUUAAAAAAUUACUAAUGGAUUAAGAAAUAAAUGAUACAUAGGAAGAGUCAAGUCAAGAAUUAACAGGAGAGGAACAAUAAAGUGAUCAACAAUCUAAGGAAUCUGAACAUAAGAAAUAAUUCUAAAACAAACCCAAAAAAACUUAAUUUGAGUAAAAAAUAUUAGAUAGGAUAAAUACUAACUUUUAAUGUAUAAAAUAUAAGCAUUUAACCAAAUAAUAAAAUAUGAUCUUGGAUGACCUACAAUUAAAUACAGAAGUUCUUGAGGAGAGAAGUUAGGUUGUCUUAUUAUAAAGAUGUAAGGUAUUAAAAAAAUAUUUUUCAAUUGAAUUUCAAUUAAAAUUGCUUAAAGUUGCAGAAACUAUCCAUGUUAGGAAAAAUGAAUUAAUAAUUGUUUAAAAUGAGAUAGAUGAUUGUUCACUAUUUUUGAUAAAGGAAGGAAUUAUUGAAUUAUUUUUAUCAUAUAGAAAUUUAGAAAAAUAAAUAAUAAAAAGAAACACUUUAUCAGAGCUUAGAAAUAAUUAAUGUUUUGGUGAAUAAUCAUUUUUUUCUGGAAAAGCUCCUUUGGCAGGAGCUAGAGCAAUUUAAGAUUCAGUACUAAUAAAAAUAACAAGAGAAAACUUUUUAUUGAUUCUAAACUAAUUCCCUUCUGAUUAAGAGAAAUAUUUUGAAAUAAAUCAUGAAUUAUUAAACAAUAGGAUAUCAUGUUUGGGAUUGUCAUGUUUCUUAUGUGGAAGUAAAUACCAUUUAGCAUUAAGUUGUACAAAAUUGAUUUAUAUGCCUGAUAAAGAAGCAGUGAUUAAGCGAUAUCUAUUAAGUAAAUCUCAUUAUAGAUUGUAAUUACCAAGGAAUGAAAGAAAGAAAUUUUAAACACUUCUAUAAUUAGACGAGAAUAUGAAAUUAGCUUUGGAAAUAGGAAAAAAAGGUAUUGCAAUAGAGUAAUGCGAAUAGAAAGAAUUCUUCAAUUGUGGCUAUUCAUUUAGUAACAUUAAAGAUCAAUUUGAUAUAGAUCAGAUUUAGACAUUUGUCAAUUAUUAACCAAAUAGAAAUGUUCAUGUAAUUAUUAAAAAGUAAAAAAAAUAUUAUUAAUACAGGUAUAAUGAACUUCUAGAAAUGAGAAGAGGUAAUAAUAUAAUGGAUUAAAAUUGAAUUCAAG